AUGGGUUCCUGGAACUGGAGAGACCUGCUCGCCAACCGGGACCGGCAACAGUUCCCCGAGGUAGUCAUCCCUCUCGCCAAUGCCCCUGCGCCUGAAAAACCGACCACGGCCCCCUAUGCGGAGAAGAAGCCCGACUCGGAAGCCGACUCUAACCACACCCAUGACAGGGCAUCAUGUCAAGAGAAGGGCGCCGCUUCGUCGCCGCCCCCGCCGUACAGCGCGCUAACUCUCGAAGCGCUCCGUGCGGAAGUCGAAGCGGACGUUUCCUCUUCCUCUCAUGAUACUGCCUAUGACCGGAAAUCGAAGGUGAUCAACAGAGCCAUCCAGGAUAUUGGUAUGGGCCGUUAUCAGUAUGAACUGUAUGUUCUGUGUGGUUUUGGCUGGGUUGCCGAUAAUCUCUGGCUACAGGGGGUUGCCCUCACGCUGACUCCCUUGGCCAACGAAUUCGGUAUCUCCGAAUCUAAUUCUCGUUUCGCAACGUGUGCCUUGUUUGUGGGUCUGAUUGUCGGUGCUUCUUUCUGGGGUCUUGCCUCGGAUGCGAUUGGACGCCGGCCUGCGUUCAACAUGACGCUAUUUCUCUGCGGUGCGUUUGGACUCGCCGCCGGUGGUGCAUCGAGUUGGGUUGGGGCCUGCGCACUAUACGCAUGCUUAGGGGUAGGAGUAGGCGGAAACCUGCCUGUCGACGCCGCUGUCUUCUUGGAGUUUCUGCCUUUCACAUCAGGCAAUCUUCUAAGCUCCCUGGCCGUAUUCUGGUCCGUCGGGAAUCUGAUUGCCAGUCUGCUGGCGUGGGCAUUCAUCCCCAACUUCUCCUGCGACGAAGCCUCGACCUGUACCAAGGCGAGCAACUGGGGCUGGAGAUACCUGGUUUUGUCGCUGGGCGCCAUCACAUUUGCCAUGUUCCUCUGUCGGUUCCUCCUAUUUACGCUGUACGAGUCGCCCAAGUACCUCGUCUCCCGAGGGCGUCAGGAUGAGGCCGUGGGUGCCGUUCAAGGCAUCGCCAAGAAAAAUAGGGCCAAGACGUGGCUGACGGAGGAGAUCCUGAAUGAAAUCGGGGGACACCCCGAGGAGAAAAUAAAGGACCAGUCUUUGUCCUAUACGGAGAUUCUCAAACGAUCGCUGGAGCGGUUCUCCUACCAGCAGAUAGUCCCCUUGUUCGGCAACAAGCGUCUAGGGUUUACCACGAUUCUGAUCUGGUUCUGCUGGACCACAAUCGGCAUGGGCUACACGCUCUUCAACGCCUUCCUCCCCCAAUACAUCGGCGCCAACUCCUCCACCUACAUCACCUACCGCAACUACGCCAUCACCGCCGUCUGCGGCUUGCCCGGCCCGCUCCUCGCCUGGUACACCGUCGACAUCAAAUACAUCGGCCGCAAAGGCACAAUGGCCGUGUCAACCCUCAUCACCGGUGUCCUCCUCUUCUGCUUCACAGCCUCCAAAGACCCCAACGUGCAGCUCGUCUGCUCCGCGCUCGAAUCCUUCUUCCAGAUGAUCAUGUACGGCGUGCUGUACGCCUACACGCCGGAGGUGUUCCCCGCGCCCAACCGCGGCACCGGCACCGGCAUCGCUAGCUGUUUGAACCGUAUUGCGGGGUUGAUGGCGCCUAUUAUCGCUAUUUAUACGACUGAUGCGGACCCCGCGAGUCCGAUUUAUGCGGCUGGGGCGCUUAUGUUGGCUGCUUUUGUGGCGAUGUGUUUGUUGCCGAUUGAGACGCGGGGGAGACAGGCUCUAUAG